AUGGAUGUAUCAACAAUGUUGCAUCAACAACAGCAACAACUCUAUCAAAAUAUGCUCUUUUCCAACUCGGCUGGAAGUAAACAUUCAUCGCCAACCUCAUCUUCUGACAAUGUUGGCACACUCUAUGACCUGUCCCGGCAAUCACUUCGUCUACUCGAUCAAAUUGUCAAUAUGUUAACAGCCAAUGAUUCAAAGUUCAAUAUAAAGUCACAGAUAAAGGUUGCUCAUUCUAUAAUAUACUCAUUCGUGGAGUCGAUUGAAAAGGCGAACAAUGUAAACAAUCAAAAGUCAAUGGUACCUGAUUAUGGAUCGGUGGUCAGUCCGCCCAGACCUUCAAUCAACAUGUCCAACCUCCAACAUUUCAUUGCCAAUGGUGGCGCGCAACAAUCAACAUCGCCACCCAUCACUGCAAGCUCACCACGCGUAUCAUUGUCCCCUCCACAUUAUAACAACACUCAUCAAGAUGGUAGCAACACCGCCAGACAACAUUACAAUCAAUAUCAAUAUCAUCAGCAACAGCAGCUACAGCAACAACAUCAGAAGCAACAUAAGUCACAGAGUUUAAAGUCGCCCAAGACGCGAGUGAAGCCCGAGCCCUAUCCAACCACCUCGCCCACGAUCAUUGCACAGAAGGCACAAAUGCUAUCACUGUCCUCUCCUCUGUUACAGCCUAGCAUGCAUGUCCAUUCGACGCCAACCACUCCACAAUUCUCAAACAAGUACCUCUCUGUAAUCACACCUCCAUACUUCCUGUUAGACGACCAGACUCUAAGCAGGGCAGCGCCACCACUCAAGCUCCAGCAACAACAACAACAACAACAACAGCAGCAUCAACAACAACAAUAUUCCAACCCAUCGACACCAAAGUACCAUCCAACCAACUUGGUCCUAUCACCAUUGUCCAACAGCAGCUCGCGAAGCCCGAAUAGCUCAUGCGACAUAUUCUCUCCACGCACACCAUUGAUGCCAUCACUGGUCCUUGUCAAUCCUUUCAAGAUUGAUUGGAGGCUUACCAAUCUUGCGGACUUCUCCAUCUUGUCAGAGAUUGGCGCAGGAUCAUUUGGCACCGUACGCCUCUGCAAACACAAUGACUCUGGAAUCUAUUUCUGUCUAAAGAUGCUCAACAGACAACGCAUCACAAGUACCAAGCAGAUUGAACACAUCCUCAAUGAGAAGAAUAUCAUGCUGUCCAUCAACAAUCCAUUCAUUGUCAAGCUAUUUGCAACUUACAAGACGAGUCAAUACCUUUACUUUAUGAUGGAGUAUGUUGGCAAAGGUGAACUAUUCAACUAUAUACGCAUGGAGUCACAGUUUAAGGAGAGGACUGCCAAGGCAAUCAUUGGCGAGAUCAUCCUGGCUGUUGAAUAUCUACAUCAGAACAAUAUAAUAUAUAGAGACCUAAAGCCCGAGAAUAUAUUGAUCGACAACUACGGACAUAUUAAGUUGGCCGACUUUGGAUUCGCCAAGAAGAUCGAGGAGAAGACAAUGAGCAUGUGUGGAACGAUUGACUACAUGGCACCAGAGGUUAUGCUUGGUAAUGGACAUGGAAAGGCCGUAGAUUGGUGGGCCGUUGGCAUUGUCCUGUAUGAAUUGAUCACAGGCUUUCCUCCAUUCUCAUUGGACCCCGACAAUAACUCUCAGAAUAAUCUUGGCUCAUUCUUGGACUCGGUCAGAUCCAACCAACCAAUCAUCGAGUUCCCCAACACAUUCCCCCGAGCAUGCAAGGACCUCGUCAGCAAGCUGUUGGACUUCAAUCCCAAACAACGCAUAGGCUCUACAAACGACGCAAUAGAGAUCAAGAGCCACCCAUGGUUCUCCGAUGUCAACUGGAACACACUGGGGAGACGUGAGGGCAAUGGACCCUUCUUCCACCUGGCCAGCUUCACCAACCAUGCCUCCAACUCGGUCGAGCAGUCACACUUCUCCAGUGACACCGACCUCUCAUCAUCUGGCAUGGACGACCUUACGCUUUCAGACUCGUUUGAUGGCUUUGAAGGACAUAUCUAA